AUGGACAACGAGCUUGGACUCAAGCGGUUGAAUCCGGGACAGCACUUUGCCGUUGCCAUAUGUCGGGAUAUAUCAUUGGUACUAAUACUAAAAAAUUGCCUUGUAUUCUGGUCCAAGUGGUACCAGAUGAUAACGGUGGGAUAUGAGAGGUCAAAUCUAACCGCCGCUUGGGCUACGGAGUUCUUUCUUGCCGGUAUAUGGUGCAUUGUUUCAGGGUUACUUUCCUAUUCCAUUCUGGAUGGCCUUAUGGCCAGGUGGAUGGUGAUGUAUACCGUUCAAGCGGCCAUUGUUCGAAUACUUAGCAUGUCUCUACUUAUUAUUGUUCUUGUUGAAUUACUCAAUUACCUGUUUAACACCAGUGACAAUGAGUUUUGUCUCCCAGCCUGGAUCAUCAUAAGCUGUGUGCUUACCUUCAUCUAUAUUCUUCAAAACUACAUUACUUCCAACCUUCGUCUCAACGAGAUUUUACUUAGAAAAGUCAAGGGGACGGAUGAUGAUGAUGAAGAUGAAGUAUACGUGCCUGCAAUUGUCAAUGCUGCAUCUAACAGUUCGAAUAAUACUCCUUCUACUUCUGUCAGACGAAGGAAUACUGACUCCGGUAGGCGUUCACGGCUUAAAGACGACGACGACGAGAGAUCAACGGAAAUACCCCGCAGAACUGUCGACCUAUACAACCUUACCGUAUUCGCUGUGGUACCUAUAGGCGUUGCCAGCUUUAUUACUAUGUGCGGAUUAGUUAGACUGGUGGUGAUCCUUCGACUUGAGGUCGGUCUGAAUAUCACCCAGCUACUUGAAUGA